AUGGGUAUUUUGGAAGAUGUUCUGCGGGUUUCUAACCAUCGCGACACCCCCAGAGAUUAUCAUGUUCUGCCCGAUGAGUUUGUAGAGCCCCUUGACAUGAAUCAAGUGGACGCUAUAUUACUCUACCAGCUCACUGAGAAUUCGAGCCUGGCCCCGCGGCAAUUCACCUAUCUCAGGGAUUGUUUCCAGCGUGUACAGGUACAAAAAAGGAUUGCUAAGAAGUCACAGCAAGCAGAUUCAAGCGCCCUUUUAGAAAUUGAGAGACUCGUUACCGGGUACGGGCUGGUAUUGUUUCAACUAGAGGAGUUUUGCCCUGGCGAAGAUAAUUUCUUGCGCUACAUAGAGCAGAUCAUCUCUAGAGCUGACGAGUAUACGGAUUUCCUGUCACAGAUGAUCCAGCGUGCGAUACAGGAAGAUUCGUUGCUUGAGUUCAUAGAAAGCUUUUUUACUUCGCUAAAAAAGUUCAUCGACUCUCUAAAGCUUUUCAAUCUCAACGAAUCCCAUGCCUCCUCUGCGGUUUUGACCUUGUUUGAAUUAUUCGUAUCGUUCAAGCCAGUAGCCGCAGUAAUAACAAAAGUGAGUGGCUUUUUUGCAGAGUACGAUGUUAAGCCUAAUCUAUUCGAGAAGGUCACUUUACUUGGGCCUAUAUUGACGCUCUCGCCAUUAAAUGCGAGCGUUGCAUUACACAACUAUGGUGACAAUCUCGAACGCACUCAACAACAGACUAAUAUAAUUCACGAAUCGCUACAGACCGAACACAAAAUGAUCUUAGAUCGUCUAUUUUUUAUCAUUGACAGGAUCAUCAGAGGGUCGAACGAAUCUCGCACGGAUUUGCUGUCGUAUUUCGCGCAGAUUAUCAAUAAAAACCAUCUAAGAAGGGGAGAUCAUGCAAAUGCUAACAAGUUGGCGUCUAACGCUUUUGUUACCAAUAUUGCCCUCCUGCUCGUACGGUUUUCGCAGCCGUUCCUCGAUGUUUCAUUCAAAAAAAUCGACAAAAUCGAUGUCAACUAUUUUAACAACCUGAACUUAAUUCUAGACUUAUCGAGUGAAACCCGCAUGAACUCAGACUUCAAGGAAGCUGAUGAAUUUUAUGAUAAGAACAAGAAGAGCGCGGAACAUAAACCGAAUUUCAUAUCUGAUUGCUUUUUCCUCACUCUAGCAUAUUUGCACUAUGGUAUUGGAGGAGCUAUUCUCUACGAGGAAAAAGUUACACCACAGGUUAAGCGGAUGAGGGAAGAGAUUGAACGAAUCAAGAGGGCUACAGAAUCCCAGGAUGUUUUCGCUAGAUUUGCCGCUAUGCAACUACCAUCUUUAGAAAGGUCGCUUCAGACAAUGCAGUCUAUAAAGGAAGCUUUACAAGGUUUCUUUUCCCAUAAAAAUCUGCAACUUGAAGUCUUCGAUUUUAUAAGCGGUGCAUCUACCUUUUUGGUGAGAGUGAUAGAUCCAUUUCAUCAGUUUCCCUUCAAGCAGAUACAUCUGCCACUCAUACCCGAUCAAGUGGGUGUGGAGAAUGUUGACAAUGCCGAUUAUCUGAGGGCAAAUGCUCCAGUUCCUUUCAAGUACUACCCAGAAUUCGUCGUUGAGGGAAUCAUCAAUUACACCCAGCAUAUUUCCAAGUUUGUGAUGUCACCCCUUUUCAAUAAUCCUCGCUUACAUUCAUUUAUCGAGAUGGCGACCGUUAUAUUGAGAUGUCCUGAACUUGUUUCUAACCCACAUCUCAAAGGUAAACUAGUUCAGGUUCUGAGCCUGGGUGCAAUGCCAAUGCGCGACGACACUCCUGGCUUUAUGAUGAGUUGUCUUGAGAACAACGAUUUAGUAAGUGAUAAUUUGUUAUAUGCCUUACUGGACUUCUAUGUUAUAGUCGAAAAAACUGGGUCGUCGUCUCAAUUUUAUGAUAAGUUCAACAGCAGAUACAGCAUCUCUAUUUUGCUUGAAGAGCUCUACAAAAUUCCAAAGUAUUCUCAAAAAAUUAUUUGGCAAUCCAAGAACAAUGCAGACUUCUUCGUGAGGUUUGUGGCCCGUAUGCUAAACGACCUUACAUUUUUAUUGGACGAGGGCCUAAGUAGCUUGGCGGAAGUGCAUAACAUUCAACGUGAAAUGGAAAAUAGGGCGCGAGGUGUGGCCCCUACAAGAGAGGAAAAUGAUGAAGAACUGCAAUCCAAAUUGGCCUCUUCAGAAAGACAAGCGAAAUCGUCCUGCGGCCUGGCGGAAAAGUCAAUUACUUUGUUCAACAUCUUUUCUAAAGACAUCCCAGGUGCUUUCUGUACACCAGAAAUCGUAGAUAGAUUGGCUGGAAUGUUGGAUUACAAUCUGGCAUCGUUGGUUGGGCCAAAGUGUCGGGAAUUAAAGGUUAAAGACCCAAGAAAAUACUCUUUUGAUGCCAAGACAUUACUAAAAUCUUUGAGCACCGUUUACAUUAAUCUUUCUGAACAACCCGAAUUCAUAUCUGCAGUUGCCCGAGAUGGUAGAUCUUUCAGCAAAGAAAUGUUUGAUAGGUCAGUUCAUAUCCUGGGCACCAAGACUGGUCUUGUGAAUGAUGAGUUUUGUGUUAAGUUAUUGCAGUUCGCACGGGAUGCACAGGACCAGAAGAUCGCCGAAGAAGAGGAAGACCUUGAGAUGGGCGAGGCGCCCGAUGAAUACUUAGAUCCGUUGAUGUUCACCAUAAUGAAAGAUCCCGUCAUUUUGCCAGCUUCAAGAGUGACGAUUGACCGUAGCACGAUAAAAGCGCAUCUCCUAAGUGAUUCUACUGACCCGUUCAACCGGAUGCCAUUGAAGUUAGAAGACGUGAUUCCCAACGAUGACUUGAGACAUGAAAUUCAUCUGUUCAGGCAUAAGAAAAGAAUGGAUCGCGGGUAA